UAGCAGGGUCUCAGAUCCCAUGUUAGUACAAACAGAACCGGGACAAGGCUCCUGGGUCUGGUUUGGAAAGGGUGGGGCUUAGUGGUCACAUGUUAUUAGGGAAAUGCUCAUGGUUGUGGCUGAGGUUGGACGGCUGAGGAAGUAUAUCCAUGACAACGGGGAAAUCUGCAUCCUCUCUGGGUUUCCUGUGGAGGUGCAGCUAUGUUGAACAGGGAGGGGAGAAAGCAACGGACAGAAAGAACGUGCAAGUGUUUUCGCGACACACGUACAAGAGUCCGCGGCCCAAUCUCCAGGUCGACCCCCGCCAUGCCCCCGACGCGUCCCGACCGGAGAGCUGCUGGGCGAGCAGAGCGCCUGAGGCUGACAGUGUGUGUGUGGUGGGUGUGGUGGGCUCCGGCGGUGGGGCGUGUUGCUGGCGCCCCCCCCCCUGCGCCCCAGCAGAGCGACCUCAGCCUGCGGAGAGCCUUCCUGGGGCUCGACAAGUGCAACGCCUGCGUGGGGACGUCCGUCUGCAAGAAGCUCUUCAGGAACCAGAUCAUGUUUGACUGGUGGAUCUCCCCACAUGCUGCUGCUACUGCUGCGUUGGCUCAGAAACAGAGUUUCAUGGCUAACCUUACAGAUGAUUCAUCGAGCUGGCGUCUGGUGGCGUUAUCCUUUCUCUCCUCCCCUGACCUGCACGCACCUUCCGACCGCUCCAUCUGUCGCUCGGCAGGACGGCAGAGUCCCUGCAGCAUUGAGGUGGUCCUAAAGGCCACCAGAAGAUUCAAGAGCCUCAACCAAUCGCAUAUCUUGCUGCCCCAUAUGGUGGAGGGUCUGAGGACUCCCCUGCUGCGCUGCCCGUCCCAGAGGCUGUUGGACCGCAUCGUGAGGCGCUACGCCGAGGUGGUGGACGUGGGGAGCGUUCAGAUGAAGCACUUCUCAGAGCGAGACAAACUACGGCUGCUCCACACGCUGGCCAUCAAUCAACAGCCUCUCAUGCUGCAGAUGUUCCCUGGCACGGAGGGCUGGCCAUUCCCCAGGUACCAGGGCUCGUGUGGCAGGCUGAUGGUGUGGGCGAGCUCCAGGCCUCUGUGGGGCCUGUAUGGUUCAUCUGAAGAGUUCUUCCAGAGGGUAGACGUGGCCUACCAACUGCUCCAGAUCACCCAGGGUCUGGGUCACAACAGCCUGGGCUUCCAAAUCUACUACACCAGGCUGGAAGAAGACAUGUUUGGCCUGCUGGAUGACCAGAGAGUGUUUAUCUCUGAUGCUAGCAGCCUAGGUGUCAUUGACCUGGAGCAGGGGCUUCCCCCUGACACCCCCUCCCACUCAGGCUCUGGAAAGGACAUCUUCUCCUGCCUGGGUCAGGGUUUGUCCACCUGUCAUCGCCCCCCUCCCUGUAGCUCCGUCCGACCCACCCAGAGCUUCACGCUGCUCUGCACGGUCCUCCUGCCCCGACUGUUGCUCACCCCCAGUGAGAAGGGGGAGGGAAAGGCAGCCAGGCUACCCGAAGAUGUGCCCCUAAUGCUGGGAGUGUGUGCUAACCCUAGCCAGCCUGACUGGAAGAUCAUGGCAGCCGUAGGCUCUCUGAUAGACCUCCUUAAGCCCCUGAGGCCCUGCAACCCAUAUUUUGCAUACAGGUACCCCGAGUGCACAUACAACCACAAAUACUAAGAGGCGGCAGAACCACAUUACCCAUACUGCCCGGCAAAAGAUAGGCAGUGAAGAAAUGACCAGGGAUCCUGAAACCUUUUACGGAAAAGCCCAGCUGCCAGAGUGGUAUGAGUGAACAACUGCAUACAUCUAAAAGUAUGUAUGUAAAUGUUUCUAAAAGAAUGUAUGUAAUAGCAGUUCAUGCCUCCCUCAGUCCUCGGCUAAUUACUUUCCAGGUAGUAGCUUCUCUGCUCCAGAGAA